GGGUGAGGGAGAAUGGGGAGUCGGGGACACAGGUAGAGGGCCACGGAUCUUAGAUAUCCAAUCGGGAAUGGUCUAGACUGUGGAGUCCAGGUACCGCUAGUUUUGCAGAUGAGGGCUAGAGAGAGAAACUCACUCUGGCCAGAAGCUUUGGAUAGUCAAUUCAUUGGGCCUAGAGCUUCAGUGAGAACAAAGAAUGUCGAGCCACAAGUGACGUUCUCCCUGCCAUCAUGAGUACCAGGAUCCGCCCCACCCUUACCUUCUUGCUGCUGCUGCUGGUGCUGGCCUCAGCAACCCCGGCUGCCAGGCCCCGAUUUCGACGAGAGGAGAGCCCUGGCCUGCUGAGCAAGGUCCAGAGCCAUAUCUUUGACUACUGGGAGUCUGCCAAAGCCAAGGCCCACGAACUCUAUGAGAAAGUCCAGAUACCCAGAGUUGAUGAGAACAUCAGGCACGUCUAUGACAAGGGCUCAGAGGCCAUGACCACGUACACUGGGAUUCUGACAGAUCAGAUCUUUCACAUGCUGAAGGGGGAACAGUGAGCCAGUGAAUGCUGGCUCCCCCUUAUCUCCAACCCAGGCAGGUCCAGCCUGAGGCAUCACUCCCAGACUCCCCCCUAAUAAAACUGUAUAAAAGA